CCCGGCCCGAAGCGCGAGCGGAGAGCGAGUGAGGCGGGCGCGCGUCGGUUUCCCCCCGCGGGAGCGCAGCAUCGGCCGGGCGGGGACCCGGGGCCCUGCGGGGCUCAGCAUGCCCGGGGUGAAGCUGACCACCCAGGCUUACUGCAAGAUGGUGCUGCACGGCGCCAAGUACCCCCACUGCGCCGUCAACGGGCUGCUGGUGGCCGAGAAGCAGAAGCCGCGCAAGGAGCACCUGCCCCUGGGCGGCCCGGGCGCCCACCACACGCUCUUCGUGGACUGCAUCCCCCUCUUCCACGGCACCCUGGCCCUCGCCCCCAUGCUGGAGGUGGCCCUCACGCUGAUUGAUUCAUGGUGCAAAGAUAAUAGCUAUGUGAUUGCUGGUUAUUAUCAAGCUAAUGAACGAGUCAAGGAUGCCAGUCCGAACCAGGUCGCAGAAAAGGUGGCCUCCAGAAUCGCCGAGGGCUUCAGCGAUACUGCUCUCAUCAUGGUAGACAACACUAAGUUUACGAUGGACUGCGUGGUGCCUACAAUCCAUGUGUACGAACACCAUGAAAACAGAUGGCGGUGCAGGGACCCACACUAUGAUUACUGUGAAGACUGGCCAGAGGCCCAGAGGAUCUCAGCGUCACUCCUGGACAGCCGGUCCUACGAAACACUUGUGGAUUUCGACAACCACCUGGAUGACAUUCGGAAUGAUUGGACAAACCCAGAGAUCAAUAAAGCCGUUCUACAUCUGUGCUAGGGAGGGGUUUUAGUGACUGGUCUUUGGGCAUUUCCACUACACUGAAGAAGAAAGCUAUUUUUAAAUGUAAAUAAGAUCUCUCCUAGCCUGUGUGGAAAGCCGACAGUUUUUGGAGGUGGCGUAUGCCCUGACAAAGGGCAGAAUGUCCAUCAGCCAUCUUUUAAUGCAGAGUCUCUAGAAGAGGUGCAGACUUUCCCAUCUGACCGGCCCUGUGGAGUCCUGCCCAGUUGUAUGUUGCUCUAAUCCUCCAAAUCAAAGCUGUUUCUGCUUGUCCGAGAUCAUUCCUAUUAAAGAGUUUUAACUAACCUUUUAUAAUCUUCAGAGAAUACUUUUUAAGGCUUAUGAACUACCUAUAAAAGAAAAAAGCCCACAUCUUAUACUUGAGUGAGUGAGUGCAAGUUUUCAUCCUGUCGGGGUUUGUGUCGUCCAGUGUUGGGAUCGGCGUGCACUCAGCGUUUUGCCCUCGGGAGGCUGUGGCCCCGAACAGUGCUGCCCCACACCGGUUGGGCUCACAUAGCUGCCGCAACGACACAGUGGGAAUAAUGCCACUGUUGCCUAAGAAACCUUCAUCGUUAAGGGUAAAAACAGACGCCACUGGUAAUGGGAACUUGGAGGAGAGCAUGGUGUAAUGCUUCUCAGUCAACCAGAAAGCUCGUAAACCUGCGGAAUCAAAACUGGGAAAAUGAACUGUAUUAAGAUGAUUUUUAAGAGGCAAAAAUCAGUCCCAAUUCUUAACUCAUUUCCCUGAUUAUCUAAAUGGUUCUGUGUCCUCAAAAUAAUUGUUUUAUUUUGUAUUUGAAGCAACAAAAGCAAAACAAAACUUAGACUUCCCGA